AUGCUGUGCGCGGACGACAGCACUUCUACCACGCUUGCCCUCCAGUCAGCAAGUGACGACACGGUAAGAACUGGCAAUUCGACGGUAACCUCUUCAACAGCGGACGAUGUAACCGACGGCAAAGACGAUACGCCAUCCUCUGAUACUAUCGCUCGUCCCUGGGCUGGAUGGGCUGAACUAGAGAAUGACCCGACUAUCUUUACGACACUGUUGCGGGAAUGGGGAGUCCCGAGCAUCCAAGUGAAUGAAGUGGUGCCUCUUGAUAGCAUCUUUGACCACGAUCCGGACGAAGUUUUUGGGCUGAUCUUCCUCUCGCGAUGGGUGCCCGAAGAAUCAGAAAACGAGAUUACAGAGGCACCGAAGGAUGUAUGGUUUGCAAACCAGACUUCGGCUUUCUCAUGUGCGACUGUCUCACUGAUGAAUAUUGUCAACAAUCAUCCCAACGUUGAUCUGGGCGAUUCAUUGAAUGAGUUCCGUUCAAAGACCAUGAACAUGACUCCUAAAGAGCGCGGCCUUGCUCUGGAUACUUUCGACCAUGUCCGAGAAGUUCACAAUUCCUUUGCAACGGACAUUGACAAAAUGAACGUCGAUCUGCGAUUAAAGCAAGACUUUCUUACAGCAGAGAAGAAAAAGAAGGCCGAACAGUCCAAACAUCCUCGCAAGAAGCGGAAGCAAAUCGAAGAGUUUGACGAUGAGGAGAACGGUUUCCAUUUUGUGGCCUACGUGCCUGCUGAAGGGUUUGUCUGGAAGAUGGACGGUAUGGAAGUAUACCCCCGCCAGGUCGGAGCUCUUGCCACAGGCGAUAGCUGGGUUGCUAUGGUGCUGCCCGAACUCCAAGCCCAAUGGGAAUCGGCCAGCACAAAUGACCUGGAAUUCUCCUUGCUAUCGUUGACAAAGAUGAAGGACCCGUCAUUUUUGGAGGAGGACCAAAAAAAGAUGGACCGAGUGAGAGAGGACUGGGAGCCUUUCUUUGCCCAACUCAUCAAGACACAUGCAGAGAAGGGCACUUUGAAAGACUUGCUGGGUUGA